UCUUUGGUUCUGUGCUCUGUGCUGAUGAGAUGAGGCCGGUCAACGGUCAACUCAAGUCAACUGUGUCAAGACUGUCAAGUUGAUAUUUAUUUCUUCAAUGGUAUAAAUAUUUUUUCCUUUUUCAUCAAUUCCAAAAACCAGAACCAAAUCCAUUGAUUUGAUGAUACCAUUGAGCUAAAUAACAAUAAUUUUCAAAAUGUUGAUUUCAUUAAGAAGUGAUCAUAAGCUUCAUCUUCAAAUAUUGAUGCUUCAGCCUAUACAAGUGAUUAUAGAUUUUUGCAAGCUUGCCAUGGAUUUUCUACAAAAUGGUCCGAAUAUGAAAAGGUACCAUACAGCAGCCCAAAAAUUAGAAGUUGAAGUAGAAAUUGUUCAGAAUUGUGUGUAUGGUUUGAUCAAUUUAUUAUUAAUGAGUAGUCAACAUAAGCUAAGCGAUGCCGAUUUUCGUGACUCAGUGUUGACAUUAGGAUUUUCGCAAGAACAGCAGAGCAUUUUAAGUAAAUUUUACGAAUCAAAACAAAAAGAAAUUCAAGAAUUGAUGAAAGUGCCGGUUAAUGAGCCACAUUAUGAUAAUUUGAAGUGGAGAUUUGAAGCACAGGUUGCAUCGAGGGCACUUUUGCAUCAGGCGAUCCCACUUGUAACUAUGGAGCUCCAAUUGAAGACUGACAGAGGUGAUGGGACUGGUAGCAAAAAGGAGAAUAUAUUGUUACAGACUGAUCCAAAUAAUCUAAUGCACAUUACCAAUGAAUUAGAAAAAGCUCUCAAUGAGUCCAGGAGUAGGCAAUCAAGAAAAAUACAACGGGCUUUAAAAAACUGAUUUAUUUCGCAAUUUUAUUGACGAAUUUCAAUAACAAGUGUAAACUAUAACAAUUCGAAUGCAAUGUUAAUUUAUAUUAAAUAUAAAAUAUAUUAUCAAUUUGCUUUUUUCGUUUUACCCAGGGCUUUUUUUCGUUGAGAGAACAUGUGAAGGUAAAGUUGUGGAA